UUUGACCAUAUUGCCGAGUGCUUGGCCAACUUCAUGGACAAGCUGAAAAUCAAAGACAAAAAACUCCCCCUUGGGUUCACCUUCUCCUUCCCGUGUCACCAGACCAAGCUGGAUGAGAGCAUCCUCGUUACGUGGACAAAGGGAUUCAAAUGCAGCAGCGUGGAGGGGAAAGAUGUGGUGUCGUUGCUGCGCAAGUCCAUCAAGAAAAGAGGGGACUUUGACAUUGACAUCGUGGCUGUGGUGAACGACACCGUUGGGACCAUGAUGACCUGCGGCUACGACGAUCAUAACUGUGAAGUUGGCCUCAUCGUUGGUACCGGUACCAAUGCCUGUUACAUGGAGGAGAUGAGGCACAUUGACCUGGUGGAAGGGGACGAAGGUCGGAUGUGCAUCAACAUGGAGUGGGGGGCCUUCGGUGACGACGGCGUGCUCAAUGACAUCCGGACGGAGUUCGACCGCGAGAUAGACAUGGGCUCGCUCAACCCCGGCAAACAAUUGUUUGAGAAGAUGAUCAGCGGGAUGUACAUGGGAGAGCUGGUCAGACUCAUCCUGGUGAAGAUGGCCAAGGAAGGGUUCUUGUUUGGAGGAAAGCUCACACCAGAUUUGCUCACUACCGGCCACUUUGAGACCAAAUACGUCUCUGCCAUUGAGAAGGAGAAAGAAGGGCUGCAGAAAGCCCACGAGAUCCUCACCAAGCUGGGCCUGGAGCCAUCUCAUGAAGACUGUGUGGGGGUGCCCCCCUACCGCAUCUGCCAGAUCGUCUCCACCCGCUCGGCCAACCUGUGCGGAGCCACCCUGGCAGCCGUGCUGCAACGCAUCAAGGAGAACAAGGGGGUGGACCGGCUGCGCUCCACGGUCGGCGUGGAUGGCUCCGUCUACAAGAAGCAUCCUCACUUCGCCCGGCGCCUCCAUAAGACAGUGCGGAAGCUGCUGCCGGACUGCGACAUCCGUUUCGUGAGGUCAGAAGAUGGAAGCGGCAAAGGGGCAGCCAUGGUGACGGCGGUGGCCUACAGGCUGGCUGCCCAGCACAAGGCACGGCAGAAGAUUUUGGAGGCGCUCAAGCUGAGCCACGAGCAGCUGCUGGAGGUGAAGCAAAGGAUGAGGAUAGAGAUGGAGAAGGGGCUGGGCAAGGAGACGCACGCAGAGGCAACGGUGAAAAUGCUGCCCACCUACGUGUGCUCGACUCCAGAUGGGACAGAAAAAGGAGAUUUCCUGGCCCUGGAUCUCGGAGGUACCAAUUUCCGCGUGCUGCUGGUGCGCGUGAGGAACGGGAUGAGGCGCGGCGUCGAGAUGCACAACAAGAUCUACUCCAUCCCAGUGGAGAUCAUGCAGGGGACGGGCGAGGAGCUCUUUGACCACAUUGUCCACUGCAUCUCCGACUUCCUGGAAUACAUGGGAAUGAAGGGUGUAUCGCUCCCGCUUGGAUUCACAUUCUCCUUCCCUUGCAAGCAGACCAACCUGGAUGAGGGGAUUCUCCUGAAGUGGACAAAAGGUUUCAAGGCGACCGGUUGCGAAGGAGAAGAUGUGGUGAACCUGCUGAAAGAGGCAAUUCACAGGAGAGAGGAAUUUGACCUGGACGUGGUCGCGUUGGUAAAUGACACAGUUGGCACCAUGAUGACCUGCGGGUACGAAGACCCAUAUUGCGAAGUUGGACUGAUAGUUGGCACAGGCAGCAACGCCUGCUACAUGGAGGAGAUGAGGAACGUAGAGCUGGUGGAAGGGGAGGAGGGCAGGAUGUGCGUCAAUAUGGAGUGGGGGGCGUUUGGUGACAACGGGUGCUUGGAUGACAUACGGACAGAGUUUGACUUGGCGGUGGAUGAGCUGUCGCUCAACCCUGGGAGCCAAAGGUUUGAGAAGAUGAUCAGCGGGAUGUACCUGGGGGAGAUCGUCCGAAACAUCCUGAUAGAUUUCACCAAGCGAGGGCUGCUCUUCCGGGGACGGAUCUCAGAGAGGCUGAAGACCACAGGGAUCUUUGAGACCAAGUUCCUGUCCCAGAUAGAAAGCGACUGCCUGGCCCUGCUCCAAGUCCGCUCCAUCCUCCAGCAUCUCGGCCUGGAGACCACGUGUGACGACAGCAUCAUCGUGAAGGAGGUGUGCACGGUGGUGGCCCGGCGGGCAGCUCAGCUCUGCGGGGCUGGCAUGGCAGCUGUGGUGGACAAGAUCCGGGAGAACCGCGGGCUGGACUUCCUCAAGGUCACGGUCGGCGUGGAUGGCACGCUCUACAAGCUGCACCCUCACUUCUCCGCCGUCAUGCACGAAACCGUGAAGCAGCUGUCUCCGAAGUGCGAAGUGACCUUCCUCCAGUCGGAAGACGGCAGCGGCAAGGGCGCAGCGCUCAUCCCGGCGGUGGCCUGCCGGAUCCGGGAGGCCGGCCAGCGAUAG